UUUUUAAAAAAAAAAAAAAAAAAAAAAUGUCUACACAUUUUUUACAUAACUCAUCGCAAGAUUUAAUAAAACUUUUAGAAAGUAAACGAAACUAUGAUUUUAUAAUUAAUAUUGAUAAAGAAGACAACAAAAGAGAAUUUUAUGCACAUUCAAUUAUUCUUGAAGUGAGGUCCUCUUAUUUCGAAGACGUUCUCUCUAAUGGAUUAGUAAGAAAAGAAAAUAAUAUCUUUAUUGUGGAUUUUCCUGAUAUAUCUGUUAAUGCGUUCAAAAUUCUAAUUAGAUAUAUUUAUGGUGGUACCAUCUAUCUUGAUCAUGUAGAAGCUGCAGAUGUUUUGAAUCUUUUAUUUGCUUGCGAAAAACUCAAGCUUUAUGAAUUAUAUGAUUAUGUUCAAGAUUCUUUUAUUAAACAUCAUGAAUCUUGGAUCUUCCAAAAUUUUGUUUUAAUUCAACAACUCAGUUCCAAAUAUUCUGAUUUCACCAAAUUACAAAAUUAUUUGACAACGGCUGUUUGUGAACAGCCUGAAAUUUUAUUUGGUGCUAAUAAUUUUACAUCUAUAGGUAAAGAAGCAUUAUUAUCCAUUUGUAAAGAUGAAAAUUUGUGCAUAGAAGAAAAUGAAUUAUGGGAUCAUAUCAUUCGUUGGGGUAAAGCUCAAAACGCUGAAUUACAUGAAGAAAUUAAUAACUGGACAAAUAAUGAUUUUGAUAUUCUAAAAAAAUCUUUAGAAGAUUUUCUACCUCUUAUAAGAUUUUAUGAAAUUUCAUCUGAAGAUUUUUGUUUUAAAAUUAUGCCUUAUAGUUUAAUUCUCUCUAAUGAAUUAUUUCAAGAUCUUUCAAAAUUUCAUUUAGUAUCAAAUUGGAAACCAAAAUUUAAUAAUCUUGUACCAAGAAAAGUAAAUUAAAAUCUUUCUAAUGUUACUAUUGAUUACGUUUAUUUUCUUGAAUUUAAAAAAAACAGAAAACAAAGAAUAGAUUUAAAAAAAAUGUAUUAUUGCCGUGAUGAUGGAUUUGCAGGUGUAGCGUCCAUAAAAUAUUCAUAGAACUUAUUAUGAGAUUAAGUGAUUAACAUAACAAUUAAUAAAAAAAUUUUUUUUUGUACUAAGAUUAUGGUAAAAAUUUCAGCAAAUGUAACACAUCAUGCAAAAACC